AUCUCAAGGCCAGACUGGCAAAAAUUUAAUACUAAAGUAGGCACCUGUGAUCUACGUCGAAGUACACACCCACUUCCGUAUCAAAUAAAUAUAGUAUACAUCACUUUGAUUUGACUACACAUAAAGUUCAUUUUCCUAUUUCAGAAAUCUCACCAAGCGUUCUAAGUGUGACGUCGAGUAUAACAGGUUCCGAGGUUCUAAUUCAUCUAAAUCUUUAUUGGCUUCAGUUAGCUGUUAUCGUUGCUCUAAAGUGUUGCUUAUAGGGAACAAAUCGAAACCGAUAUCUUUAGAAUAAUAUGGCGUUAUUACAAAAAUUAUUUCAGAAAGCUUUAUUGACGAAUCUGCGGGCGUAUAGUGUGAAUAGUUUACAGAAGCCACCAAAAAUUUUAAUUACUGGUGGUCUGGGUCAACUCGGCGUGGAAUGUGCUAAAUUCUUACGACAAAAAUACGGCCAACAGAAUGUUAUUCUAUCAGAUAUAAUACAACCAAACCUAGAGGUGGCUAAUGAUGGUCCAUAUAUUUUCGCUGACAUUCUAGAUUUUAAAGGACUCCAGAAAAUUGUUGUCGACCACAGAAUAGAGUGGUUGAUACAUUUUUCUGCUCUGUUAAGUGCGAUAGGUGAACAAAACGUCCCACUAGCUGUGAGAGUGAACAUCGAAGGCAUGCACAACGUCAUCGAACUUGCAAAACAGUAUAAACUCAGGAUUUUUGUGCCUAGUACAAUAGGUGCUUUUGGCCCCGACUCUCCCAGGAACCCAACGCCGAAUAUCACCGUUCAAAGACCAAGAACAAUUUAUGGCGUGUCUAAAGUCCACGCGGAGUUAUUGGGAGAGUACUAUUAUCAUAAGUUCGGGCUUGAUUUUCGUUGUUUACGAUUUCCUGGUGUUAUUUCGAGCGACCCACCAGGUGGAGGCACAACAGAUUACGCCAUAGCAAUCUUCCAUGAUGUUUUACGUAAAGGCCAUUACCAAUGCUAUUUAAAACCCGAUACAAGGCUACCAAUGAUGCAUGUGAGAGACGCACUAAACGCCCUCUCAGAGUUCCUGGAAGCUCCAAACGAAAUCCUGAAUAGACGCUGCUACAAUGUCACCGCGAUGAGCUUCACUCCUGAAGAACUUGCCGAAAAAAUGAUCAAAUAUGUACCAGAUUUUAAGAUCACGUAUAUGCCGGACGCAAGACAGGAAAUUGCUGACAGUUGGCCCCAAGUGUUUGAUGAUAGCGAAGCAAGAAGAGACUGGAAAUGGAACCCCAAAGUGGACCUGGACAAUUUAGUUGAAAUUAUGAUUCGCGAAGUUAAAGAAAAAAUAGCCAGCAACGGCUUUUGACAAUGUAUACUAAAAAUUAGCUUUAUUAAAAAUAAUUGUGUAUUUUUCAAACACA